CUACAUUGCAGUUCACUUCAGGUGUUGAGUGCAGCUUUUUGGUUUCCGCCCCUGAGCACGAAGUGUGUUUGAAACAUGGCAACUAUACAGGUUAGCGAGGCGGAGAGAAUGUAUAUUAUACACGGAGUGCGGGAUGAUUUCCGAGUGGACGGGCGAGGCUGUGAGGACUACAGACGCAUGGAGAUUGAGACGGAUGUUGUGUCCAACACUGAUGGAUCUGCCAAAGUCAGCCUGGGACAGACGGACGUUCUGGUGGGAAUUAAAGCCGAGAUCGGGAGGCCGAAGCCCUCGGCACCAGACGAGGGAUAUCUGGAGUUCUUUGUUGACUGCUCAGCCAACGCCACGCCGGAGUUUGAAGGUCGCGGAGGUGAGGAGCUGGGGGUGGAGCUGAGCAACAAGCUGUAUAAAGUCUUUAAUAACAGACACAGUCUGGACCUGCGCAGCCUCUGUAUCUGCCCCGGAGAGCACUGCUGGGUUCUGUAUGUGGACGUGCUGCUUCUCCAGUGUGAUGGGAACUUGUUCGACGCCAUAUCCAUCGCCAUCAAAGCAGCUCUUUUCAGCACACGGCUUCCCAGAGUUCACAUCUCGGAGGAUGAGGAAGGAGGAAAGGAGAUUGAGUUGUCUGAUGACCCGUAUGACUGCAUGCGCCUCAACGUGGAAAACGUCCCUUGCAUCGUGACCCUGUGCAAGAUCGGCCACAGGCACGUAGUGGACGCGACCCUGCAGGAGAAAGCCUGCUCCGUGGCCAGUCUGUUGAUUUCAGUCACCCAGAAAGGAACAGUGACGUGUGUACGCAAGCUCGGAGGGGGCAGUCUGGACCCGGACAGUAUCUUCGAAAUGACAGAGACGGGAAAGCGAGUGGGGAAGAUGCUUCAUGGACCUUUGAUGGAGCUGCUGCAAAAAGAAGAGGGUCUCGGAAAAGAGAGAACAAGAGUGGGCUUCUUGGCAUAGCAACAUACGCACAAACACACACACACUCUCUAAUCUCAAAUAAAUAUGUUUUUCCAAUUUU